UGCGCGAACAGCGGCACGGCCACUGCACGAGGGAUCCCUGCGAAAGGACGAGGCGGUGACACCGGCAGAAGAGAGGAAGGUCAAGUCACGGUGCGGCUCAGCUCCACCCCGCGGCACCCCGAGGCCCCGCUGCACGUCGCCGGCUUCCACCUGCCCGCCAAGCACAAGCACCCAGGGAAGGGUCAGCGUCAGCCCAGCCCCGAGAGGAGCCCGGUCCCCUCUGAGAGCGACGAGUUCAGCUCCUUCCUGUACUGGCGAACGCCCCUGCCCAGCAUCGAGGAGGAGCUGCAGGAGCUGCUGAAAUCUCAAGGCCUCUCCGUUAGCCCAGAGCCCACCGAGGAGCACCAGAGCUCUGAGGAUGGGGCCAGCACUGAGGAAGAGGAGGAUGAGGAAGAGAGUGAUGACGAGGGUUGGAUAACACCCAGCAACCUCAAGCAGGCGCAGCAGGACACGGGGCACUGUGACACCGCUCCCGUCGGCGUCCAGGUCGGCUGCGUCACCACUGACUUUGCCAUGCAGAACGUGCUGCUGCAGCUGGGGCUGCCCGUGCUGGCGGUGAACGGCAUGCUGAUCCGCCAGGCCCGCAGCUACAUCCUGCGCUGCCACGGCUGCUUCAGAACCACUUCGGACAUGACCAAGGUUUUCUGUCCCCACUGCGGUAACAAGACGCUGAAGAAGGUCGCGGUGAGCGUCAGCGAGGACGGGAGCCUCCACAUGCAUUUCUCCCGCAACCCCAAGGUGCUGAACCCCCGAGGGCUCCGGUACCCGCUGCCGGCGCCGCAAGGAGGGAAACACGCCAACAACCCGCACCUGGUGGAGGACCAGCGCUUCCCGCAGCAGCGACUGUCCCGCAAGGCCAGGCAGAAAACCAACGUUUUUGACCCCGACUACCUUGCCGGGAUCUCGCCCUUUGCGGAAAACGACGUCUACAGCCGCGCGGCCAAUCUGCAGAUCCGCGACGCGGCCCUGGGCGCUGGCAGGAGGCGCCUGAACCCCAACGCCGUGACGAAGAAGUUUGUGAAGAGGAGGUGAAGGGUGGGACAAGGCCUCUGCACACGCCUGGGCGUUGCAUGUUGCUGCCAGAUGGCUGCGGCGGGGUGAGGCCUCUUCCGAGGGCAGGGCUGGGCCUCCCCUUCCACGCAGCCGUGACUGGGGGUGACAGGCACCGGGUUUGGGGUGACUCCGACCCGUGGGGAGCUGGGCGAGACAGCGGCUUCCCUGCCGUAGCGCUAAUAAAACACAAAACCC